AUGCAUUGACACGAGAUUAAUGGUAGAUGGAACGAUUAUUGUUGAGGUGGCCACCACCGCACUCACCACCCUUGCAACAACCAUGGCUGCCUCCUCGUCGUCUGCCUCUGCUCAGAUCCAGAAGCCCGCCCCGCACUUUGCCGGCACUGCUGUUGUCGACGGCGAUUUCAAGAAGAUCUCCCUCGAUGACUACAAGGGCCAGUGGCUCGUGUUCUUCUUCUACCCGCUCGACUUCACCUUUGUCUGCCCGACUGAGAUCAUCGCGUUCUCGGACCGCGUGGAGGAGUUCAAGGCGAUCGGCGCCGAGGUUGUCGGCUGCUCGGUCGACUCUGAGUUCUCGCACCUCGCGUGGAUCAACACCCCGCGCAAGCAGGGUGGCCUUGGCGAGAUGAAGAUCCCGCUGCUCUCGGACAUCACCAAGCAGGUCUCGCGCGACUACGGUGUCCUCCUUGAGGACGAGGGCAUCUCCCUCCGUGGUCUCUUCAUCAUCGACCCGACCGGCACCCUCCGCCAGAUCACCGUCAACGACCUCCCUGUCGGCCGCUCCGUCGACGAGACCCUCCGCCUCAUCAAGGCCUUCCAGUUUGUUGAGGAGCACGGCGAGGUCUGCCCUGCCAACUGGACCCCUGGUGAGUCGACCAUCAAGCCUGAGGUCGCUGCCUCCAAGGAGUACUUUGAGGCCGCCAACUAAGCCAUCGCCAAAGCCGUCAGCUGAGCCGGCCUAGCUGGCCGGUGGUUGAGCACCGCAUUUUUUUGAUGACAACCGCGUGUUGAGUAAACCAGCCACCGUCACCCGA